UCCUCUUUUAGCUGUGGUAGUCAAGGAUGGCGGACAUCCACAAUGCGUCUGAGUUGGACGGCGACGUGAAACUCAGCAAAAAGCAUUGCUAAUGGGCACUAAUAUUGAACCGUGUGCACCAUGCUGAUGCUGGCUAUUCGCAGAGCUUCUGGGCUGGGGUAUAGCCAUUUCUUCAGGGCAAGGGUGUUAUGGAACAAAGUGCAAUUGUGCGACCUCGCUUCAUUUUCACCUCUCUGCAGUAAAGCCACAGUGCAUGAUGGGAGAAGUGAGCUCAAGAGGCGUCUAAAGGCUGAAAAGAAAGCUGCUGAAAAAGAAGCCAAGGUCAAAGACCAGCAUGUCAAGGUGCAGGAGGCAGCAUCUGACAAGAUCACUGAUGGGCCGUAUGGAGCUGAUGAAGAAACCCUUGAUCCUAAUCAAUACUUCAAGAUUCGUAGCCAGGCCAUUCAGCAGUUGAAAGGAACCCAUGAAGACCCUUACCCCCACAAAUUUCAUGUGACCAUGUCCUUGACUGAAUUCAUUGAGAAAUUCAACCAUCUACAGCCUGGCGAGCACUUGGAGGACACCACUGUGAGGGUAGCAGGUCGUGUUCACGCAAAACGUGCAUCUGGAGCAAAGCUUCUAUUUUAUGAUCUCCGUGGGGAAGGCACAAAAUUACAAGUAAUGGCUAACUCAAAGAACUACAAAUCUGAAGAGGAAUUUGUGAAAAUUAAUAAUAAAUUGCGUCGUGGAGACAUGAUUGGGGUAAUCGGGAUCCCAGGAAAAACCAAGAAAGGUGAACUGAGUAUCAUUCCUCAUGAAAUGAUCCUGUUGUCACCCUGUCUUCACAUGCUGCCACACCUGCAUUUUGGACUUAAAGACAAGGAAACAAGAUAUCGUCAAAGGUACUUGGACUUAAUUCUGAAUGAUUAUGUGAGACAGAAGUUUAUAAUCCGUUCCAUGAUUAUCAGUUACAUCAGAAAAUUUUUUGACGAACUUGGAUUUCUGGAGGUUGAAACUCCAAUGAUGAACAUUAUCCCAGGAGGAGCAGUGGCUAAACCUUUCAUUACCCACCAUAAUGAACUGGAUAUGAACCUCUAUCUGAGAAUUGCUCCUGAACUCUACCAUAAGAUGUUGGUUGUUGGAGGAAUUGACAGAGUCUAUGAAAUCGGUCGCCAGUUUCGAAAUGAAGGAAUAGAUCUUACCCACAACCCUGAGUUCACAACCUGCGAGUUUUACAUGGCAUAUGCUGAUUAUUUUGACUUGAUUGAAAUUACAGAGAAGCUACUUUCAGGAAUGGUUAAACACAUCACAGGGGGCUACACUGUGACCUAUCACCCUGAUGGACCUGAAGGCCAGGCCUAUGAGAUUGACUUCACACCACCAUUCAGGCGAGUUAGUAUGGUAGAUGAGUUGGAAAAGGUUCUGCAGGUGAAACUGCCCCCAACUGACCAAUUUGAAACUGAAGAGGCACGCAAGUUUUUUGAUGAUUUAUGUCUCCAAAAGGAAGUAGAGUGUCCCCCACCCAGAAGCACAGCUCGAUUACUGGACAAGCUGGUUGGUGAAUUUGUAGAGGUCACCUGCAUCAAUCCAACCUUCAUCUGUGAGCAUCCACAGAUCAUGAGUCCGCUGGCUAAGUGGCAUCGUUCUCGUAAGGGUCUAACAGAGCGAUUUGAGCUAUUCGUUAUGAAAAAGGAAAUCUGUAAUGCAUAUACAGAAUUGAAUGACCCCGUAAGACAAAGGGAGUUGUUUGAGGAUCAGGCUAAGGCAAAGGAUGCUGGAGAUGAUGAGGCCAUGUUUAUCGAUGAAACUUUCUGCACAGCCCUGGAGUAUGGCCUUCCUCCAACUGGCGGCUGGGGUAUGGGCAUUGACCGACUGACAAUGUUUCUCACUGAUUCCAACAACAUCAAGGAGGUGCUGCUUUUCCCAGCCAUGAAGCCUGAAGAACAAAAGAAGGAAUGCAGCCCGAAUACAUCUGAAGAGGGAACAUCAGUUUAGAGGGAAACAAAAAAAAAAAACACUUUUAUUUACAGUCCACACUUGCAAGCAUUGUCUGUCCCAGUCGACUGAUUUGGGAGUGGCAUAGGAAUCUGUGAAAGUUACCGUGUACUACUGUAUGGCUUGCACUUGGACCAUGUGUUGCAACAUCUGGUUUUCAGAGACAUGAAACAAAAAAAAUCUAUAUAGUUUUUGUACUUGAAUUCACUAAUUAAUAAAUUAUACAGUACAGAGCAGUUGAUACUGACAUUGAUAGA